AUGUCCGUGCCUCCUCUGCCCCGCAGCCCCCCCAACAUCGGCCGCCUGGGCCUGCCCCACGGGCCCUCCGGGGAGAAGGUGGCGGUGGUGACCGUGGACGACUGUGACGCCGCGGUGGCCGUGCACUUCGGCAGCUACGUGGGGAACUACAGCUGCGCCGCCCAGGGCACUCAGAGCGGCUCCAAGAAGUCCCUGGACCUCACCGGCCCGCUGCUCCUGGGCGGCGUCCCCAACCUGCCGGAAGAUUUCCCCGUGCACAACCGGCAGUUCGUGGGCUGCAUGCGGAACUGUCCAUCGACGGCCGGAACGUGGGACAUGGCCGGCUUCAUCGCCAACAACGGCACCAGGGCGGGCUGUGCCGCUCAGAGGAACUUCUGCGACGGGACCUCGUGCCAAAACGGGGGCACGUGCGUGAACAGGUGGGACACGUACCUGUGCGAGUGCCCGCUCGGCUUCGGCGGCAAGAACUGCGAGCAAGCCAUGCCGCACGCCCAGCGCUUCAGCGGGGAGAGCCUGGUGUCCUGGAGCGACCUGGACAUCACCAUCUCGGUGCCCUGGUACCUGGGGCUCAUGUUCCGGACCCGGAGGGAGGACGGCGUGCUGAUGGAAGCCACGGCCGGCGUGUCCUCCAGGCUCCACGUCCAGAUCCUGAACCACUACGUCCGGUUCACGGUGUCGGACGGCCCCUCCGACGUGGCGUCGGUGCAGCUGUCGCGGUUCCGGGUGACGGACGGGGCGUGGCACCACCUCCUGGUAGAGCUGCGGAGCGCCAAGGACGGCAAGGACGUCAAGUACCUGGCGGUCGUCACCCUGGACUACGGGAUGGACCAGAGCACCGUGCAGAUCGGGAACCAGCUGCCGGGGCUGCGGAUGCGCAGCGUGGCGGUGGGGGGCGUGUCUGAGGACAAGGUCUCCGUGCGCCGCGGCUUCCGGGGCUGCAUGCAGGGGGUCAGAAUGGGGGAGACGUCCACCAACGUGGCCACGCUGAAUAUGGACGACGCCCUGAAGGUCCGGGUGCGGGCCGGCUGCGAGGUGGAGAGCCCCUGCGCCUCCAGCCCCUGCCCCCCGCACAGCCGCUGCCGCGACACCUGGGACGGCUACUCCUGCGUGUGCGACAGAGGGUACUUUGGGCAGAAGUGUGUGGACGCCUGUCUCCUGAACCCCUGCAAGCACGCCGCGGCCUGUGUGCGCCCCCCGGGCUCCCCGAGGGGCUACGCGUGCGAGUGCGGACCGGGCUACUACGGGCCGUACUGCGAGAACAAAGUCGACCUCCCGUGCCCCAAAGGCUGGUGGGGGAACCCCAUCUGCGGCCCCUGCCACUGCGCCGUCAGCCGGGGCUUCGAUCCCGACUGCAACAAGACCAACGGCCAGUGCCAGUGCAAGGAGAACUACUACAAGCCCCCCGCCCAGGACGCCUGCCUGCCCUGCGACUGCUUCCCCCACGGCUCCCGCAGCCGGGCCUGCGACGCGGACUCGGGGCAGUGCGCCUGCAAGCCGGGCGUGGUCGGCCGCCAGUGCAACCGCUGCGACAGCCCCUUCGCGGAGGUCACCGCGCUGGGCUGCCAAGUGAUCUACAGCGGGUGUCCCAAGGCCUUCGAGGCUGGCAUCUGGUGGCCACAGACCAAGUUUGGGCAGCCAGCUGCAGUGCCGUGCCCGAAGGGAUCUGUGGGAAACGCCAUUCGGCACUGCAGCGGGGAGAAGGGCUGGCUGCCCCCCGAGCUCUUCAACUGUACCACGGGCUCCUUCCUGGACCUCAAGGCCAUGAACGAGAGGCUGGGCCGCAACGAGACGCGGAUGGACGGCGAGCGGGCCCUGCAGCUGGCGAGGGCGCUGCGCAACGCCACGCGCCACAGCCGCGCGCUCUUCGGCAACGACGUGCGCACGGCCUACCAGCUGCUGGCCCGCCUCCUGCAGCACGAGAGCCGGCAGCAGGGCUUUGAGCUGGCGGCCACGCGCGACGCCAACUUCCACCAGGACGUCGUCCACGCGGGCAGCGCCCUCCUGGCCCCCGCCACCAGGGCGUGGUGGGAGCAGAUCCAGCGGAGCGAGGGCGGGGCCGCGCAGCUGCUGCGGCGCUUCGAGGCCUACUUCAGCAACAUGGCCCGCAACGUGAGGCGGACCUACCUCCGGCCCUUCGUGAUCGUCACCGCCAACAUGAUUCUCGCCGUCGACGUCUUCGACAAGUUCAACUUCACGGGCGCGCGUCUGCCCCGCUUCGAGGCCGUUCAGGACGCGUUCCCCAGAGGGCUGGAGUCCUUCGUGUCCUUCCCCGCGGACAUCUUCAAGCCACCCGAGAGAAAAGAGGGCCCCGCGGGGAGGACGCCCGGCCGCCGAGCUGGCCCCACGGCGCGCCCGCAGCCCCCGCCCGGCCGCCAGCGGCGGCACCCCGAGGACCCUGGCCAGUUUGCCGUGGCGCUGGUCAUUGUUUACCGGACGCUGGGCCAGCUCCUGCCUGAGCACUACGACCCGGACCGCCGCAGCCUCCGGCUGCCCGGCCGGCCCACCAUCAACACCCCGGUGGUGAGCGCCCUGCUGCACAGCGAGGGCCCCCCGAGCCCCGCGCCCCGGCCCGGGCCCGUGCUGCUGGACUUCGCCCUGCUGGAGACGGAGGAGCGCACCAAGCCCGUCUGCGUGUUCUGGAACCAUUCCCUCGACAUCGGCGGGACGGGAGGCUGGUCGGCCAAGGGCUGCGAGCUCGUGUCCCGGAACCGGACCCACGUCACCUGCCGGUGCAGCCACACGGCCAGCUGCGCGGUGCUCAUGGACAUCUCCAGGCGCGAGCACGGGGAGGUCCUGCCUCUGAAGGUCAUCACCUACACGGCCGUGUCCGCGUCCCUGCUCGCCCUGCUGGUGGCCUUCGUCCUGCUGGCCCUGGCCCGCACGCUGCACUCCAACCUGCACAGCACCCACAGGAACCUCACGGGGGCGCUCUUCUCCUCCCAGCUGGUCUUCGUGGUGGGCAUCAACCGCACGGAGAACCCGUUCCUCUGCACCGUGGUGGCCAUCCUGCUGCACUACGUGUCCAUGAGCGCCUUCGCCUGGACGCUGGUGGAGCACCUGCACGUGUACCGCGUGCUGACCGAGGCGCGCAACAUCGACGCGGGGCCCAUGAGGUUCUACUACGUCGUGGGCUGGGGCAUCCCGGCCAUUGUCACAGGACUGGCGGUUGGCCUGGACCCCCAAGGCUAUGGGAACCCAGACUUCUGCUGGCUGUCCCUCCAGGACACCCUCAUCUGGAGCCUUGCUGGGCCCGUUGGAGCCGUGAUCAUCAUCAAUACAGUCAUUUUCAUCUUGUCUGCCAAGGUUUCCUGCCAAAGAAAACACCAUUACUAUGAAAGGAAAGGGGUGGUCUCCCAGCUGAGGACGGCCUUCCUCCUGCUGCUGCUGGUUACUGCCACCUGGCUGCUGGGGCUACUGGCCGUGAACGGCGACACGCUGACCUUCCACUACCUCUUUGCGGCCUUCAGCUGCUUGCAGGGCCUCUUCGUCCUCCUGUUCCACUGCGUGCUCCACAGGGAGGUGCGGCGGCACCUGAGGGCCGUGCUUUCGGGGAAGAAGCCUCACCUGGACGACUCGGCCACCACCCGGGCCACCCUGCUGACGCGCUCCCUCAACUGCAACCACACGUUCAGCGAGGGCGCCGACAUGCUGCGCACGGCCCUGGGCGAGUCCACCGCCUCGCUGGACAGCACCGCCAGGGACGACGGGGUCCAGAAGCUCAGCGUGUGCUCCGGGCGGGCGCGAGGAGGCCACGGGGACCCAGACUCGAACUUCAUCCCCAAGAACUCCAAGAAACCCCACGGCCCUGACUCCGACUCGGACAGCGAGCUGUCCCUGGACGAGCAGAGCAGCUCCUACGCCUCCUCCCGCUCCUCGGACAGCGAGGACGAUGGCGGAGACACCGGGGGCAAAUGGGACCCGGCCGGGGGCCCCGUCCACAGCACCCCCAAAGCCGACGCUCUGGGCAACCACGUGCCCGCCGAGUGGCCGGACGAGAGCCUGGCCCGGAGCGACAGCGAGGCGGAGGCGGGCCCCGAGGCCCGGCUGCGGGUGGAGGCCAAGGUCAGCGUGGAGCUGCACCGGCCCGAGCCGGGCAACCACUGCGGCGAGCGGCCGCCGGACCCGGACGCGGGGGGCCCGGGCAAGCCUGCUGCCGAGCAGAGGAAAGGCAUCUUGAAGAACAAGGCGGCCUACCCGCCCCCGCUGCCCGAGCCGCCGCUCCGGUGUCGGCUGCGGGGGAAGCCGGCCGACGGCGCGCACAGCCCCGCGUCCUCCCGCGCGUCCUCCCUGGGCUCGGGCGACGGCGGCCUCCCCGGGAAGCUCCCGCGCCGGGAGCCGGGCCCCGAGCAGCUCAACGGCGUGGCCAUGAGCGUGCGCACCGGGAGCGCCCAGGCCCGCGGCUCCGACUCCGAAGGCAGUAACGAAACUUCAAUUUGAACCGUCAGGAACGCGUGAGGCCCGGGCCGGACCG